AAUGAUUCGUUUAUAUUUCAGAUCCACUCUGCAAGUUUUCCAAGCAUCAAGGAUUGACGCAGCAUUCCUUCUUAAUACCGCACGAUGAUUUUUUAAUCCAGUGGUGGGUAUUUUCUGAAGGGGAGUUUCGAGUGGCAAGAGUAUUAGAUCUUGGAUAUGAAUUUGUUAUGGGAGUCUGGCACAACCUGUUAGUAAUCGCAGGAGAAGAUUGUAUUAAAGUUUAUAUCCUUGAAAGAAAAGAGAACGAAUACAACUUUCGUUUAAGAAAUAUGACUAUUGAGCUAACAGAGAAUUUGUUUUUAAUUCAUUAUUCAGUCAGUGUUUGGGACAGAAAGGUUGGGUUUCAAUUAAGGAGCCAAAAACAGGUAUCAAUUGUGAUUUAUGAUUUGGAUGACCUUCAACCUCAAGUGUUUCGAGUGUCACAUGAGCCACCAGAAAAAACUUAUUAUACAAUCUUUGCGCAUAAUAUACGUAUAUUUGGUGAUUGCAUAUUAUUCACAAUUUUCGAAGGUAAAAAAAAGUUUAACAACAAAAACUAAUUAUAUAAAAAAAAUGUAUCUAGAUCUUUAAGAAUUAAAGUUAUUUUUGUUUUAAUUGAUUUUUAAAUGCAAACAAAAGUGCUCACAUUUUUGCUUCUAUUACGUAGCCUGGCAGACAUUCCAGUAUGUACACUCUG